AUGCUCAAAGUCAGGACAAUCAUACAGGAUCGCAAGUUGGAAGGGAGGAAGACCACUAAGCUGUGCGUGGUCGUGCUCUCGGUGUUCAAACAUAUUGUGAGAUAUUCGGCUGGAUCUAGUUCAAACACUGGAUUGCUGUAUGAAAGUGGUCCACCAAACCCAUCAGGCAGUGAAUUACUGAAGUUGCUGACUGGUGACGUGGAUGACGUUGGUGAAUUAGAAGCUGAGGAAACUCCUGACGAGGACCGUUCGCUAGUUGUCGACAACGACGCCGAUUCGUGA